CUCCGGGAGCAUCUCGCCAAGGGGCAGCGCAUGCUGGCGGGCGAGGGAAUGUCUCAGGUGGUCCGUAGCCUGCUGGAGCUCAUCGCCCGCAAAACCUACUACAGCGGGGACCUGCUUUUCUCGGUGGAAAUCCUACGCAAUGUCACUGACACUUACAAGAGAGCUACCUACAUCCCUUCCGCGGAUGAUGUGCAGCGAUUCUUCCAGGUUGUCAGUUACAUGGUGGACGCAGAAAACAGAGACAAGUGGGAAGAUGCUCAACAGGUCUUGCCUGGUUCUGUCCUCCUCAUGAAAGUGGUUGAAGAUUUCAUUCAUUUGGUGGGAGAUGCACUCAAAGCCUUUCAGAGUUCCCUCAUUGUCACGGACAACUUAG